CGCCGGAAUUAUGUGUUGAGGGAUGGCAAUGACCUUUCUUUCAUGUUAAGCCGCUCCAACAGAGGAGUUGUCUUGGUGUGUGUGGGAAAAGUGUGUAGCCGGACCGAGUCUCGCCACGAGGCUUGUGGUCGUAACUCUGCGAGGCAUCGAUUCGUGUGUGGGAGUGUGAGAGGGAAGGAGGGAGGGAGGGAGCGAGCGACACAGGGGCCAGUAUUUUGAAAAUUAUGUUUCCCCGCCUCUCCUGGUUUCAUUCUUCUCCUCCUCCCUCUGCCACUCUUCCAUUUGUCCUGCCUUGAAAUCUGAGUCAGUGCUAGUCGUUGUGUUAUCAGCAGGGCGCGGAUACAUAGGUUCAUAUGUACGUGUGGUCUGAACAAAUUGGAUGUGGCAGUUCUGGGGUUCUGUAGCAUCGUGUCCGAUGUGUUUGUCUGGCCUUGUCGAAUAGCGUGAGAGAGUGAGCGAGAGAGAGAGCGAGGGCGAGAGAGGGAAGGAGAGGGAGAGAGAGAGAGAGAGGAAAAGGACAAGAAGGAAGUUGGUUUGAAUUUCCCGUGCCGCUGGUGUUUUACAUCUCGGGUCACUGGGUGAUCUAGCGGAGUGCAUUGACGUGUAAUCUUGGACGUUGAUACAUUUUACAGAGACUUCGGGUUGUGAUGUGGAGAGGCUGGCGGGAAUUGUAGGGUGAGCCGACAGAUCGGUGUAAGGAGUUGGAUUGCGUUUGAAUUGUUGAAUUAGGGUGGAGUAUGGAUGCGUUGUCGGAAUUUGUGUGAGGAAAGAAAACUGUGUCGAAUAGUGUCGACUGUGAUAGUCCUGUGGAUUAGGUGGGACUUCAUGGGAAGUAAGGGGAGGUCGUGAAAUUGAUGCGGGUGGUGAAGGACAUAGGAUAAGAUUGGGUUGACAGGAUGGGUGAAUACCGGACUCGUCGAAUGAGUCCGAGCGAACCGUUGUGAGGAUUUGGUGGAUCCUUGCACGUCCAGGUUCCGGGUUGGCAGUUCAUGAUGUUGGUACGCAGGAUUCGGGACGGCAGUAUUGCGUAGGAAUCAGAAUACCUGCACUCACUGGAAGUGCGGACGGGCACGCUACGACUGCAGGAUGAACAAAGUUCGAGCAAAAGUCGAUCAGAGGGAGAAGGGUGUUCAAGAUGCUGCUCAGUCCUCUGUUGGUACCAGGAGAACGACUGCGAAAGGAGAUGAGGUCCAAGUGGGAUGUCGAGGAAUAAGUAGGACUCGCAGGACUGAUAGGCAGCGUAGCGCCAGCUGGGAUUUUGAUAACAAGCCCAUCGCGGUGCGAGCUCGAGGUGCAUUGCGCGAUGUCGAGCAGCAGUCAGUGCUGCUGUCUUCCUCGCGACGUUCCACUCCUCGAGCUUCCUCCGUGAAUUCGAAAAGGCCAGGGUCUCUGGCAGUCACUGAAAAAAGCAUCUUAGCGAGAGCCGCCUCGCCUGUGCUGCGUUCUAGUCACUUGGCUGCCACCUCCAAGGGUUCUCCUGCCCUGCAAAUAUAUCGCGAUGAAUCUCUGUCCAAGAUGGCUUUGACGGCUGGAAAAGCUUCGAGUAGGCCAGGACCGAACAAGAUUGUUUCCACCAACUCUCCAUUGCAGGCUGCGGUCGCUAGAAGACGAUCUGGAGAGAACAAGAUCGUGGCCAAAGCAUCUCCCUUGUCUGUCGCGAGUGUGAAGAGUGUGAGGUCUUCCCCGGUUAUCCAAAUUGGUUCUAGAAAGUCAACGAAUUCAGAUCUAGUGAGGCUGUCCGCGAAGGUAGAGCCACAGGAGGAGGAAGAGGAGGAAGGGUUAAGCAGCAUACAGAGUUCUCUCCAUGGCCGCUUAUCCUUGCUGGAAGGCAGAGUUAGUCAAAUGGCCGCCGAGCUUCGUGAGACAAAGGAACUUCUAGACGCCAGUAAUCCAAUCUCCUCCAAAGUCUUACUCACAGAUAUUCAUUCGAAAAUCACCAAUAUAGAGAGGUGCAUGACUGGUUCACCAGUAGAGAGUUCGGUCUCGAGCAGGUCAGGCAGGUUCUCUUCUGGCGGCAUAGACAGCGCUAGCUUGCGCGAAAGAAUUCUCACUGAGAAAGAGGGAUUCAAAAAGGCAUUGCAGUCCCUUACUAGCUCUCAUCGCCACAAUGUGAUGGACUCAGAGCUCUUGCCUCAACGGUCUUCGUCUAUGCGUUUUCCCAAGGAUUCUCCAGCUUUGGAGGCAAAGAUGAAGGCACACUACGACAGACAAGCUCCAGGUUCACGGCUCAGCAUCACCACCACGUCCAAACCUCACGAGCGUCUUGAGACGGACCAUUCUAGGUUGGAAACCAUUAGCCAUGACAAUGCCCAGCCCAUCUUUGAGGAUUACUACAGCGAUAACCCUACUCAGACCCUUAAGCCAUUGAAGACUAGACCGUCUCUGCACCAGAAAGUUGUAGAGAGCCUUGUAUCACAGCACGAAAAGUCGAAAGAGGACCGAGAGCUCCUCUGCAUGAAGCUGGCAGAGUUUGGGGGAAGAGGCCGAGUGGACGCUGGUGCUUGUGAUGAAGGUGCAUUAGUGGCUGCGGAAUUUUUAACUUCCCUCGAUGGUGAGCGAUGUUUCCAGAAGGAAGUUGGAAAGCCACUUGAGACAUUGAAGGCGCCAUUGAAAGAACGAAAGUCUUCCUUACCACUUCCAGAAUCGUCAGAGAAUAGUUCAUCUAGCGGCAGCGUCCUCUCAUUUAGGAAGCACAGGUAUUCAGAUGAGGCUAGUGAUUCUUCAUCAAGUGAGUAUUCGUCUCCAUCCUAUCACCAAUCGGCUGGAGAAGCGACUGAAAAUCCUUGUUCAACUCUUAGCAUUGGUAGCGAAUUCGCAGACAUCAAUCAUCUGAAAUUGUCAGAUGGAAGUCAUAUCUCUAGGCAGUUGCCAAAAUCUGAACUCAGCAGGCAGCCGAUGCAGUUCAGAACAAGCGAGGGGGAGGUCAUCAAUGAACCCAUCUCUACCAACGACUUGCGGUGUGAUAAGUUUGGGCAUGUUGAAGCUGAGGAAGUGGGUGACUUAUCUGUGUUGACAUCAGUUGCCAGAAACGAUGAGGAAGGGCUGAGGAAAAUAGCCGGAAAAAAGCUUCUCAAUUUAAGUGAAAAGAACUCCACUGCAGGAUGGUUUGUGUGCGAGGGUGAAGGAAUACUACUUGCUCACGAGGACUCCAGUUGCUCCUAUCACGACGUUGCUAACAUGGAGGAGAAGGCUAUUUAUCGCGGUCCUACUACUUUGACGUCGCGUGUGUGGGGGGACUGCUGGAUUGUACGAGCCCCAGGCUCAGAUGGCCGUGCCAACAAGUUCGUUGUUGCUGCUUCGGCAAGUGGGUCAAAAGACUCAGCUUUCUGUUCAUGGGAUUUUCACAGUCGGAAAUGUGUCGCCUCUCAUCAUCAAUCUUCCUCGGUACCCAGUCCUCCUAGGGGUCGCAGCGGACGGGCCAGUAGCUUCGAUCAAGGAUCGUCAUUUGUGAAAGACCCUAGCGUUCCUGGAUCCAACUUUGCACUGAGAAAAUGGUUGGACAGGUCUGGUGCUGUCAAUAUGCCAAAAUUAGGUGGGAGUGCUGCAACCAAGAAAACGUUCGACAGAUCUACGUCUCUUGACAACUCUUUUAGGAAACGAAACGUUGCGGAAGAGAUGCAAAACAAGUGUACUAGUCAACCACUUUGGUGGUACAGACCAUGCGGACCACUCUUAGCUUCGGCUGCGAGUGGAUUGACUACUGUCUCAUUGUAUGAUAUUCGGGAUGGCGAGUCAGUGAUGCGUUGGGAGACACAGAAGGUUGUAGCAGCUAUGGCUUACAGUAGCCCUCUGCAAUGGCGUAACAAAAGCAAGCUCGUUCUGGCAGAACUUGAGUGUCUCAGCUUCUGGGAUGUUGAGAGCUUGGAAGCCAAGCGUAUUCAUACCGUUAAUUUGCUUGGGAAGCAGUUGCGUGCCCUGCAUGUAUACAACGUUGAUGCUGAGUGCAGUGGCGGCGUGCGACAGAGGUUGAGCUCGUCCGAUCAUCAUAGUGAUGGAACACUUUGCACCAAUGAGGCAGUGAAUGUCCUUGAUUUUAGAGUACCUACGGGCAUUGCCAAGAAGUUUCCAACUCUGGACGAGGAAACUCAGUCUAUCUAUGCUGAUGGAGAUGCUGUUUACUCUGGUGCCCUCACCUACGAAUCCAGAACUCUAGGGGAUGGAACAAGAGUACUGCAACCACAUUGCAGACUCAGCCAGUGGUCGAUGCGGCAAGGGAAGCUCAUGAACGUUUAUUCUCUACCACAUUCGAAUUCCUAUGCUUCCCAGCUUUCCAUCUCGCAAGUAUGGGGCUCAUCAGAUACCAUCAUGGCGGCUAACGGGAAUGGACUAUUUGUGUUUGAACCUGCAAGACGACAUUCUGGGCAAGGCAUUUCAAACGUUCGGGAUGUGCUUGGUCCGGAUGACCUGCGGAAUCCCACUUUUGAUUUCGCAAGCUCACGCGUCCUGCUCGUAUCAAGAAAUCGACCAGCCAUGUGGAGCCACUGGCCUUGAAUAAGAUGUUUCUUUAUUCAUCCGUUUUUCAUUUAUUGAAGGUAAUUUCAUUUUUGUGGGGCGAAAUGCCUUACCAUGCCUCGUAGUGUGCGUAAGUCUCAGAAACAGAAAAAGUUUGUUGUAGAUACCUUUCUGGUCUUGGUAAUUUUACCAAGUGUGCUUUAUCUUAGGUGGGAAUGCACUUCUUUCUAUGGAGUCUUGAUUAAUAGACAAUGUACAUGACUCUUUCACACCAGUUUGCAGUGUGUUCUGUUAGGGUGGCCAAACGGCUCUACCUUACUAUUACUGGGUUAGAUACCUUCAGCCGUUAACAUGACGGAAGAUAAUGGACUCGGAUCCGUUUUCAAGGAUAAACUCGUCAGUCACUUCUCAUAUUCUUCAAGACAGCAAUAGACGGGGAACAUUUAACACUAUGGUCUCUUCCAACCAAAGGACUGUAUCCAUCCGCUUGAAGAAGCAUACCGUUUACUGAUUUCAAAGCCUUCACUGCCUUCACCAGGGAAACUGUUUUCUGGGAACCAUGACUGGCAGAAAAGUUAUUGAAGCUUAGAAUACCUUAGUGAAGUGUGACCAGUCACAUUUAAAAUCUAUUUAUGUACCUUUCGUGUAAUAACAAGUUGCUGGUUGCAGCCACAAGCUUGUACAUGUC